AUGCAGCCAGCCUGCUUUGAUCCAGUGCUCAUUGCCAACUCCUCCCCCCUUGCAUCGGCGAGCCCGGCGAUCAGCAAUGCAAGAACGGAGCCGUCUCCGGCGGCGCCUGACGCUUCACGUACAUCUUCCGUGAGUAACUCGCGGCCAGAUCACAUCAAUGACAACACAAUGUCAAAGAUUAAGUUCUUCAAGGAGGGCGGUGCAACACCUCCAGAGGGCUCCCCAACCAGUCGCCUCUCGGGAAGCCCUGUCAGUUUCUACCCGGCUUUCAAGCCGGGUGCAGUGCAGGCAUCAGGACCAGCUCCUCCACCUGCGGCUAACUCGCUGAACGGCUCUCCUUUCGCAAUGUCACCGCCGCAAAGUGGCGCUUCUUUCGCAAUGUAUGGUGGCGAGACCCCUGGAUCGAAGACACCAGGUGGCUACACCCCAGUAGCAUUCACGCCAACCGGCUACACCCCGGGAGCGUACACGCCCGGAGGUCAGCUGAAGAGGGCCAACUCUGCCAUCACCCUGGAUGCGUCGCCCAUGAAGCAUGGCGUCCCUAGAUCCAUUUCAGGAACUCCGAGAAAAUUCGGUGGACCUGCAGCUUCACCGAACUCUCGGCGAAGGACGGAGACCAAAAAGUCGAAUUCAAGAAUAGAUCCCGAGCAGGUUCCGCGACCGGUUGGUCAGCCAGAAGCUGUCAAGCAGGAGGGUGGCAAGGUGUAUGAGACCACCAAAUAUCACGUGCCUCCGGCAGCUACAGCCGUUUGCACCGUGGUUGACUGUGGUUCAAGCUCUUGCGAGUUCAUCCGCUCCACUGUCAACCAGGUGCCAGCCUAUCCGUCAACUGCAAACACGGCGCAUAUCCCCAUGGCAGUCGUCUGCCAACCCUUCGCAGAGCUGACGGCUUUCGAGGCUGACAUUCCGUGUGUUGACCUGGGGGAGUCAGGCCCUUUCAGGUGCAACAGGUGCAAGGCCUAUGUCAACCCGUUCUUCUUGUGGCACAACAGUGGCAAGGAGGCAACAUGCAACUUUUGCGGUCAGCGAGUGGAGGUCCCUUUGGAAUACAUGUGCAAUCUUGACGAGAAGGGGCAGCGUGUCGACAAGGCGAGCCGGCCGGAGUUGAAUCGAGGCACGGUGGACUACGUCGCACCAAGCGACUACUCCGAAACAGCUCCAGUCGUUCCUGCCACCAUCUUUGUCAUUGAAGCGACCCAGAGAUCUCUGCAGUGUGGUCUUCUGCCACAGGUCAUGUGGACACUGCGAUCCUUACUUGGCUUCAUGGAGAAGCCAUCAUCGAGGAUCGGGAUUCUGCUCUUCGACCAUGCGCUGCACUUCUUUGCCUUCUAUCCUGGACUAGAUUGCGCUCGCCAAAUCACGGUGUCGGACACGGAGGACCCCUUUGCACCUUGUGGUGCAGAGCAGCUGUUGGUAGAUGCCGAGGAUCCUGCAUAUCGCAGCCAGAUUGAUACCCUGUUGGACGAGCUUCCUGGACUGUUGUGUGCCGAGGGUUUAGCGGAGCAAGCCGCGGGCUGUGCUGCCCUAAAGGCAGCUACGGAGUUGCUGGGCUCUCGUGGCGGAGGCCAUGUGAUCAUGUUUCAUGCGAGCUUGCCAAACUCCGGAAUCGGAGCUUUGAGACACCGUGAUGACAUCAAGCUGGCCUCUGAACCUGAAGGUGGCGGUCUAUUUUCUGUGCAGCAGCCGACGUUCUUUGAAGAGAUUGGUGCUGACUGCCUCAAUCGCGGAGUUGCAGUGAGCGUGUUCUGCGCACCUGCAACCGGAAUUUACAUAGACAUGGCAACCUUGUGCAGAAUUCCCAGGAGAACCGGUGGAGAGAUCUGCUACUAUCCUGGAUUUGAUCCUAGCAGGGAUGGAGAACGGCUUCACUAUGAUCUCUCGAGGACAGUUGUUCAGCAAGCUGUGUUCAGUGUUAUGUUCAAGCUGCGCGUGAGCAAGGGGCUCGCGGUCGACAGCAUCCAUUCCACUUGGGAUCCAGAGGUCAUAGAUCCCAGCACUUUCUCCGUCUCGAGAAUGUCUGUUGAUGCAACGGCUGAUUUUGUCCUUGUGCAUGGUGAGAGGAUCGAAGGUCAAAAGAAUGCGUAUGUUCAGGUUGCUUGCCUCUACACGGACAAGCGUGGCAAAAGGUUAAUCCGAGUCCACACGUUGCAGCUGCCGCUGACAUCUUCAUUGAGCAAUGUCUUCCGAUACACGGAAAUCGACGCCGUUACCAAUUUGCUCCUAAAGCAGGCUGCGGACUCUGCCCUGAGCGGGAACGGAAGCUUCAAGGACAAGCUUACCAAAUCCUGUGUCGACAUGCUGCACGCCUAUCGAGCAAACUGUGCCUCCAUGACUGCGGCCGGGCAGCUGAUUCUGCCAGAGUCGCUGAAGCUGCUGCCUUUAUACAUCGGCACUAUCCGCAAGUUUCCGGCAUUCAGAGCAGGCUCCGACAUCAAGGUGGAUGACCGGAUCGUGUCGCUGAUCAGGACCCUGGGCCUUCCCGUCGGCUUGACAGCUCCGCUGGUCUAUCCGCGAGUCUAUACCAUGCUGCCGCUCCCAGACAAAGCAGGACUUCCAACUGGAAUAGGAGACAAUGUGUUUAUGCCUCCAACCAUAGCUGGCUCCAGCGACAAGCUUGCGACCGAUCGCAUCUACUUGAUCGACAAUGGCAUUAGCUUGCGCCUCUAUGUCAGGCCUGAGGUUUGUCAAGAGACGCUGUACCAAGUGUUUGGAGCAGAAACGCUGCAAGACGUCGCCACGAUUCUCUCGGCUCCAGAGGCGUAUGUGGAUUCUCUCAGCGAGGACGCUGAAAGAAUGCUGUCAUGCGUGCAGCAAAUCAGGAGGGAAAGAUGGAGGCUGCCCUGGCAGUCCUUCCAUGUUGUGCUUCCUGGCACACCAGACGAGUCCCGCGUCCUCGCCUCGCUUGCAGAAGACCGUGCUGGGUCCGAGUCCACCUACGUCGAUUUCCUUUGCCACAUCCACAAGCUUGUUCAAAACAAGCAGGAUUGA